GGCGACGGGCUACGGCGCGCGUGGUUCAGCGAGGUGACGAAGGAAAUGGGGGACCGGGACUUUGGUCUCUUCUCUACGGCCGGUGAGCAAACGCUGCAGCCCAACCCCAACUCGGCCGCGUACCAGUCGGACCACCUCGCGCACUUUGCGCUGCUCGGCCGCAUCGCCGGCCUGGCCCUCUACCACCAAGAGCCGCUCGACCUUCCGUUCUCACCCGCCUUCCUCUACGUGGCGUUUGGGUACGAUAUCGCCUUUGACGACCUCGCGACCUUUGCCCCCGACGUGUACUCGUCGCUGAAGAAGCUGCUCGCCAUGUCGGCCGACGAGCUCGAGACAAUGUGCCUGAACUUCGAGGCGCUCGUCUACGAGGAUUCGUCCAAGCGGCGGCGCGCCACUGAGCUCAAGCCGGGAGGGGCGGACGAGCCGGUCACCGUGGCCAACGUCAAGGAGUACCUGCGGCUGUAUGCGCGGCACCGGCUCCUCGGUGCCAUCGAGCCGCAGGUUCGCGCCUUCCGCGCUGGUCUGGGCGUCUUCUUCAAGGAGGAGAUACUGUCCAACCUCCGCACGUGCUGCUCGGUCGCCGAGAUCCAGCUGCUGCUCUGCGGCGCCGCCGCAAUCGACGUCGACGACUGGAAGGGCUCCACACUCUACGAUCCGCCUGAGUACGAGCGAUCGAGCACGGUGACAUGGCUCUGGAAGGCGGUGCGCGAGAUGACUCUCGAGGAGCGCGCGCAGCUCCUCUUCUUCGCCACCGGCUCGACGCGGCCUCCCGCCACCGGCUUCGCGCACCUCAUGGGCUACAGCGGCGAGAACCUGCCAUCGGAGCAGCCCUUCACGGUGACGCGUGCCGCGGCCGCCGGGCGGCUGCCAACGGCGUCAACUUGCUUCAACCAGCUCUAUCUGCCGGAGUUC